CUGGCUGGGGGCACAGGCAGGAGCUGCCCGUGCAGGGCUGGGGCUGGGCCCCAUGGCAGGGCGGCCCUGGCUGCUGUGGGGCCAGGCAUGGGUGGGAGCAGGUGCGCCCUAGGGAGGAAUGUGGGCUGGGAGCAGGCACGGCUCUGGGGCGCUCACGGCACCGCCAGCACUCAUCCAGGAGCCAGCACCCGGCAUGGCCGAGAAACCCCAGAUCCAGCUCUUCGUUAAGGCAAGUGAGGAUGGGGAGAGCGUGGGCCACUGCCCCUUCUGCCAGCGGCUCUUCAUGGUGCUGCUGCUCAAGGGGGUGCCCUUCACCCUCACCACCGUGGAUGUGAAGAGGGCACUGGAUGUGCUGAAGGACUUUGCGCCGGGGGCCCAGCUGCCCGUUUUACUCUACAACGGCGAGGCAAAGACUGAUACUGUCACCAUCGAGGACUUCCUGGAGGACAAGUUGGGCCCGCCCAUGUUCCCCAGCCUGACCCCGCAGUACAGGGAGUCCAGCCUGGCAGGGAAUGACAUCUUCCACAAGUUCUCCACCUACAUCAAGAACCCGGUGCCUGCCCAGGACCAGGCGCUGCAGCGGAACCUGCUGCGGGCCCUGCUGGACUUGGAUGAGUUCCUGAGUGCCCCCCUGGCGCACGAGCUGGCCCAUGAGCCCCACCUCCGGGCCUCCCGACGCCGCUUCCUCGACGGGGAUCAGCUCACCUUGGCAGACUGCAGCCUGCUGCCCAAGCUCAACAUCGUGCAGGUCGUGUGCCAGCACUACAGGCGCUUUGGGAUCCCCAAGGAUCUGCGGGGCGUGUGGCGGUACCUCAACAGUGCCAGGGAAACCAAGGAGUUCAGAUAUAGCUGCCCCAGCAGCGAGGAGAUUGUACAAGCCUAUCGCUCCGUGGUGCGCUCGCUGCAGUGAGCACUUGCCCUGGUCCUGCUGUGACCAUCACAGCCCUGCCUGCACGCACUGGGGAGGGCAGUGAGCACAAGCUGUCAGCUGGCACCCCUACCUGGCAUGCUGGCAGCUAUCUGCACUGCACUGCACCCACAAAUGCAUUCUCACCUCUUGUGCCACCCUCUCAGCCCAGCCAGCACCCCCUCAACCUGCCCUGUGGUUCCUCAAGCAUUGCAACG